CGGGCGGGGGAAGAGCGGUGGCGUCUGCAGCAGUGACGCUGCCAUGUGACGUCCUUCCCACUGCCCGGCAGACACACUAUGGCGUCCGGCGCGGACCAAGAGCGGCAGCUGCGCUUUUACAGGGAGCUUCCUAAAGUGGAACCACCUGUAAUUGCAGCCUGCAGAUCGAAUGAAUUGUACAGCUACUAAAAGCAUAAUUGUAAUUUGAGGAUGAGGACAAAAUUGAUCAGCUGUAGGUCUUUAUUGGCAGUGUAUUUGAACAAAAGGAAUUUCUGCCCAUCUCUCAAGGAAAAGGUUCAAGCAAAUAGUUCCUGGGUUCCUAACAAGCUGUAAUACAACCCCUUGUGUCAUGUUUAUUUUUCCAAAAGUACUCAAUUGAUUUCAAACACCAAUAAAAUGUUUAAAAUUUUUGUAUAGCCUGACUCCGUACAAUUCUUUUUCAAGGUCUGUAGAUUUAUUUUGCAAGCAAAUCAAUUCAACAUAUUUCUUUUUUUUUGCUUUUAUUUUUUUUCCUGAGGCCACCUCUAUAAGUCUGCUUCUGAUAACAGUUUUUGCUGCAUUCUAAAGGGUGUGGUCUGGCACGUUCCUGCUAUCAUUGUUUGCUAUACGUUCCUGGAACUCUUAUCAGCUCAACAAUUCUGGAGUUGUGUACAACAAAUUUCACGUCUACCAUUUGAGUGUUUAUUCAUUAAAAUUGGCACAGGUACAUGAUCAAAACAGAUAUUAUUAACACUGUCUUUCUCUACAUUUUGAUGCUUCCGUUGCAAAAAGAUGUUUCAAAGGCAUCCUUGCAAAAUGCUUGUCUUUUUGUGGGUGGCAGACUCUCAUAAUGAAUUCUGCAAGGCAUUUCAUUGCAUAGUAUGUGGAACAACCAUGCUUUUUAUUAGAAUUAGAGUUUCUGGACUUGAUUUCCAGAAGUGGUAAGUACCAGAGUGCCCAUUAAUUGGACAUGUGGCUGCUCAGCACUUCUAACAAUCACCCCUUCUGUGUUUUAUUGUACAUUUAAUAUUAUGAUAUUGUUUUAAAGUGUUUUAUAGCAGUAGUAAAAAUGUCAUCGUAUUUAUCAAUCAAGCAUUUUGUGAAAACAUUUUGCCAAUUUUUGCUCUAAUAAAAGCAGGUGCCAAAAGGGGAGGGGCAGCAGAGUGAAGAUGUGUGGGACAAGCUAGGUAUUUUGCAGACACAUUUUGAAGUAAGAUGGAGCGACACAAGAAGACUAUUCCAAAUGUCGGGCAGCAAGAUUGUGAGAAGGGACAGAGAUGAGGGCGAUGCUUAAUGAAGUGGGGAGCUGAGGACGGGGCUUUGGAGCUUUGCGUCGGCUCCGCUCCAGCUCCAGGCAAAAUCCUGCAACUCCACUGCUCCGGAGCUGCUCUGGAGCUGCUCCGCGCUCCAGCUCUGGGCUCCGCUCCAAAGCCCUGGCUGAGUAAAGGAUGACUGGGUUCAAGAGAGGCUGGAACAAGUCGAGCUCCAUGCCCACUUGAAUGGCUCCAUCAGUUCUGUUACUAUGAAGAAACUUCUGGCUCAGAAACAAUAUCUUCAAAUCCAUAAUGGAAUGACAGUGAUUGACAAGGGGAAGAAAAGGACUUUAGAAGAAUGUUUUCAGAUGUUUAAUAUCAUUCAUCGGAUUACCAAUAGGACUGAAGAUAUAUUAAUGGUAACUAAAGAUGUUAUUAAAGAAUUUGCUGCCGAUGGUGUCAAGUAUCUGGAGUUAAGGAGCACACCUAGAGAGGAAAAUGGCACUGGCAUGACCAAAAGGACAUACGUGGAAGCUGUACUUGAAGGAAUAAAACAGUGUAAAGAGGAGGAUUUGGAUAUAGAUGUCAGGUUUUUAAUAGCAAUAGAUAGAAGAGGUGGACCUAUCGUGGCAAAGCAAACUGUUAAACUGGCUGAAGAGUUCCUCCUUUCCACCGAUGGGAUUGUGGUAGGGCUUGACCUCAGUGGUGAUCCCAUCGCAGGACAUGGCAAAGAUUUUUUUGAACCACUUUUCGAAGCGAAAAAGGCAGGUCUGAAACUGGCAUUGCAUCUUUCAGAGAUCCCAAAUAAAGAAGAGGAGACCAAAAUUCUCCUUGGUUUGCCUCCAGACAGAAUUGGACAUGGUACAUUUCUCAACUCUACAACGGGUUCAGAGGAUCUUGUGCAGCUUGUUAGACAGAAUCACAUACCUAUAGAACUUUGCAUGACGUCAAACUUCAAAAGUCAGACUGUACCUUCCUGUGACAAACACCAUUUUGGAUACUGGUACAACAUGGGCCACCCCACUGUACUUUGUACUGACGAUAAAGGUGUCUUUGCAACGGAUCUGUCUCAGGAGUACCAGAUGGUUGCUAAAACAUUUAAUCUGAAGCCGUCACAGAUGUGGGACCUCUCCUAUGAAUCAAUCAACUAUAUCUUUGCUUCAGACAGUGUAAAAUUGAAGCUAAAGGAACAAUGGAAUAAACUGAAACCAAGUCUGCUAAGUAAUUAAACUAUAGUUAUAAAUAGAUGAAAACAGAAUAUACUAGCUCAGUUAAUAAGGAUGAUCCGCCUAAGAGAUUCUUUCUUUGGCCUUUUAAAUUUUGAUACAACCAUAGGGCCCAGUCCUGCAGCCUCUGCUUAUAUGAAUUAAGGGUUACAGGAACAGACCCUUAUUUAACCAGGAUGAGAGAGAAGUUCCUUUCCACACUUUGUCUGGAAACAGUCUGUCAGUGAGUAAAAUUCCAGAUUUUUCAUGUACUAAAUACCGUAUUCACUGUAGGGAAACUAGUUUUUUUAAUUACCGUAUAUACUCGUUCAUAAGCAUCAGAGAAGGGGGUCGGUUUAUGAACGGGUAUAUAGAGGGAGAAGUGGGACACAGUCCCUCCCCCAACAGAGGGAGCCAGGAGAGGCAGCAGAGCCAGAAGGGAAGAGGCGGGGCCAGAGUCUCUCUGCUUCUGGCCACGCUGUUCUCCCCCCAGCCUCCAAAGCAGCUGCAGCUCUGGGGCUGGCAGGUUCCGGCGGCGCCGCCGCCCGGCCCCGCCUGCUGGAGCACACUGCAGCUGUGCCGCCUGGCCCUGCCCGCUGAAGCAGGCAUGUGGCCAUGCUGCCUGGCCCGGCCUGCUGAAGCAAGCUGUGGCCGUGCCGCCCAGCCCAGCCUGCCGGAGCAGCUCCGGCCAGGCCAGAGACAUUCUCACCUGGCCCUCCCCAGAUAAGAUGGGAAGGGAAAGGAUGGGAUGGGGUGAGUGUGGGGGUCCCGGGCUGGGGUGGGGUCAUGUGGGGGGUGGUCACAGGAGUUACUCCCCUGACACCCAGCUUCUCAACCCCCACACCCCCAAAAUUUCCCCACCAGUUGCUGUCCCGGCCCGUCACGGUAAUCUGCUGGUGUGCUGGGACGUUUUGUUUACUUAGGUUUACCUCCGUACCUGCGGACGCUUGAGGUAAACAAACCGUCUGAGCCUGCCAGCGGCUUAUCCUGAUGGCCUGGGAGCCAAAGUUUGCCGACCCCGGAAUUAU